AUGUUGCACCAGUCUUUUGUCAAGAUUUGCGUUCUAGCAUCCAUCUUGUGCCUCAGUUCACUCAUUGUAUCAUCCACAAAGUUCUUCACAACAAAAUGCCACAGCGAAUUCACAGGAUCUGAUAGUGAUGAUAUCAUCGUCUGUAAGGAUGGUAGGAAUUCAGAGCAACAAAAUUGCCAUAAAAAGCAAUGCUGGCUCAACGGAAACCAAUGGGUUCAAUUGGAUGGCUGUGUAAUCGCCGGAAGCCACGGUGGCGUAAGCAAACAACAAUGUGUGAGAUACAAUUGGAUGGAGGACGAUGGGGUAUUUGAGUGUCACAACGACGGAGGUCGGGAUUAUUACUGUGGGGGGACCCCCGAGACGAUCCCAUUCAUAACGUGUACAUCCUGCUUUAGUACUUAGAUUACUCGGAUCUGGAUUUUUGAGCUUGAUGUAUGUCAUGAAUGACUCAGCCUGUUUCCUAGGGAGAGGAUCAAAACAGAUAUACAAAUUGGUCACAGGGGUGCAGUGCACUAAGUCUAUAUAGACCACAUUGAAUCUACUUCCUUUGAAGCGCUGCUUUGUCAAC